AUGGCUGUUCGGAACUCCAGUCUCGCCUCUUCUCGCCGCAAGUCGCGCGCCGCCCACUUCAACGCCCCCUCCAGCGAGCGCCGUGUCAUCCUCUCGGCUCCUCUCUCGAGCGAGCUCCGCGCCAAGUACAAUGUCCGCUCGAUCCCCAUCCGCAAGGACGACGAGGUCGUUGUGGUCCGUGGCAGCAACAAGGGCCGUGAGGGCAAGGUCACCAGCGUCUACCGUCUGAAGUGGGCCAUCCACGUCGAGCGCAUCAGCCGCGACAAGAGCAACGGCCAGAGCGUCCCCAUCCCCCUCCACCCCUCCAAGGUCGUCAUCAAGAAGCUCCACCUCGACAAGGACCGCGAGCAGAUCCUCGAGCGCAUUGCCAAGGGUCGUGAGGCCGUCAAGAGCAAGUCGGCUUAA